AUAGCUAGUCGGAAUUGAAACACAUAGCAGUACCGCUAAACCCUCAGUCAACCGUUGUCCGUUGUUAGUGAUAGUUGUGCGCGCAGCUUGAUCCACGGCCGUUUCUCGGGCUCGACGUUCCGUUGCGGUUGUGUUUGCGUGUCCAAGAUUUGGGCGAUACUCCGGUUUCGCGUGAGAAAAUUCAUAGUCCCCAAGACAGCUGAGAUUUCCGGCGAGGCACAACGUUUCACAGUCGUCACUGCGUGAACAUCGCCUUUAAAAACGCUCGCAAACAAACGAAUAUAAUCAACGUCCGCGUCAAAUUAAGUGCAGCAGUGGCUGCACGCAGCUGUUGCCGAUGUGGCUGCAUGCAUCAGUAGUGGUUUUGUUUCAACAGUCGGCUGCUUGCAGUUUAUAAACAAGAAUUAUAUUGUAUGUACGGCUGUAUGUGACUUGAUCAAUGCUCCUUCUCACCUGUAGUUAAUUUAGAAAAAUUUAAGAAUAUUUAAUCCAGCAAAAUAUUGAAAUGUAUUCCAGUCCUAAUGCACCACCGCCAGCAGGUUUUUCUCAGUAUCCUCCUCCUCAAAAUCAAUAUCCACCAGCUGCUAAUCAACACCAAUAUCCACCACCUGCUAAUCAAAAUCAAUAUCCACCACCUGCUAAUCAUAGCCAGCCCUAUCAACAUGAUCAAUACAAUAUGUAUCAACAUCAACCAUUACCAGGACAACAAAAUCAAGGAUAUCCUAUGACUCAAAAUCCAAACUACCCCCCUCCAUAUUCACAACCUGGUUAUGGACAAGUAAUACAGCAUCAACCAAAUGCAUACCAACCACCUCCUCAAGCUUCAUCUGAUGGUUGGAUGCCUAUUCCUCCAGCCAUACCACAAAAUUGUCCAAAUGGACUUCAAUGUCUUUCAACGAUUAAUCAAUUGUUUGUUAAACAAAAAGUGGAAGUUCUUGAAGCUUUAAUUGGUUUUGAGACAAACAACAAAUAUACAAUAAAAAAUGGUGUUGGUCAAAAAGUAUUUUAUGCAGUCGAAGAUAAUGAUUGUUGUACACGAAAUUGCUGUGGGCCAAUACGACCAUUUGAAAUGAAAAUAUUAGAUAAUUAUAAAAAUGAAGUGAUUCAUUUAUCAAGACCUUUAGCUUGCCAAUCUUGCUUUUUCCCCUGUUGUAUGCAGAGAAUUGAAGUAUUUUCACCACCUGGAUGUCUGGUUGGAAGUGUUGAACAAGACUGGUCUAUUUUGACACCAAUAUUCACUAUUCGUAAUGCUGUUAAUGAAGAAGUGUUAAAAAUUGAGGGCCCAAUUUGCCGAUUUAGCAUGUGUGGUGAUGUUGAAUUCAAAGUUUUAUCUAAAGACCAAACAACUCAAGUUGGUCGUAUUUCAAAACAAUGGUCAGGUUUGUUAAGAGAAAUAUUUACCGAUGCUGAUUAUUUUGGAAUAACUUUUCCGAUAGAUCUUGAUGUUCGUAUGAAAGCAGUUAUGUUAGGUGCUUGCUUCUUGAUUGAUGUCAUGUUCUAUGAAAAAAGGGGAAAUGCAGAAAGCGACGGUAUUGGACUAUGUUAACUUAUUAAAUGUUCUAACACUGACUGAUUGUUAUUAUGUAAUUCUUCACAAGAUAUGUAUGUGUGUGUGUAUAUAUACACAUAUAUAUAUAUAAUAUAUAAUUAAC